UACAGCUCCCACUCCUUACUGGAUUCUCAUCACUGGAAACUAACAUUAAACCAGCAUUGAGGAUUUUUUUCAAUUUUGGGUUUUUGACUUUUACACAGGUUCUUAGGUGGACUUUUGCAUUUAAUUAGGCCUGUUGUAGAUGAGCGAGACAAUGAACGGUCGUGCUCUGCCACCAUCGAUACCUGAGGAUGGGGAAGCCCCGGACCACUUCCCUCAGGGUGGGAUGAACGGUUACCACCAGAGGCUUCAGGGAGGUGAUGGGGGAGAGGCCGAGCUCCCGGUCUCCAAGUCCCAGAGGCGGAAGAGUGAUGUCAAAGUCUAUAAGGAGUUUUGUGAUUUUUAUGCUCGCUUCAACAUGGCCAACGCGCUGGCCAAUGCCAUGUGUGAGCGCUGCAAGAGUGGUUUUGCCCCGGCAGAGAAGAUCGUGAACAGUAACGGGGAACUUUACCACGAGCAGUGCUUCGUGUGUGCCCAGUGUUUCCAGCAGUUCCCAGAAGGACUCUUCUAUGAGUUUGAAGGCAGGAAAUACUGUGAGCAUGACUUCCAGAUGCUGUUUGCUCCCUGCUGCCACCAGUGUGGUGAGUUCAUCAUUGGCCGUGUGAUCAAGGCCAUGAAUAACAGUUGGCACCCUGAGUGUUUCUGCUGUGAUAUCUGCCAGGCUGUGCUCGCCGAUGUUGGAUUUGUCAAGAAUGCUGGAAGGCACCUGUGUCGUCCGUGCCAUAACCGAGAGAAAGCUCGUGGCCUCGGCAAGUACAUCUGUCAGAAGUGUCACGCCAUUAUUGACGAGCAGCCUCUUCUGUUCAAGAAUGACCCCUACCAUCCUGAUCACUUCAACUGCAACAACUGCGGUAAGGAGCUGACUGCUGAUGCUCGGGAGCUGAAGGGAGAGCUCUACUGUCUGCCCUGCCAUGACAAAAUGGGUGUCCCCAUCUGCGGUGCCUGCAGAAGACCCAUUGAGGGCCGUGUGGUUAACGCCAUGGGCAAGCAGUGGCAUGUGGAGCAUUUUGUGUGUGCCAAGUGUGAGAAACCCUUCCUUGGACACCGUCACUAUGAACGCAAGGGCCUGGCUUACUGCGAAACACACUACAACCAGCUGUUUGGAGAUGUUUGCUACCACUGCAACCGUGUCAUUGAGGGAGAUGUGGUGUCUGCCCUCAACAAGGCCUGGUGUGUCAACUGUUUCGCCUGCUCUACUUGCAACACCAAGCUCACCCUCAAGGAUAAGUUUGUGGAAGUGGAUUUGAAGCCGGUGUGUAAGCAUUGCUAUGAACGCCUGCCAGACGACAUGAAACGCAGGCUGGCCAAGCGUGAACGUGACUCAAAAGAGAAGAAGAAGAAAACUUUGAUACCCAUGAACAAGUUUGUGGAGUUUGACAUGAAGCCAGUGUGUAAGAAGUGCUAUGAGAAAUUCCCUCUGGAGCUGAAGAAGAGGCUGAAGAAGCUGUCUGAAACCGUUGCUCGGAAGUAAACGCAGUCGAGCAGCCAGGAGGGAGGGAGAGGUAGAUGAGACCCUAAUGUGGCCUUGCGAGGGAGAAGUCACAUCUACACAAUCGACAAUCAUGGUUAAGAUAGCAUUUGUGUGUUUCACAUCAGUGGUAUGUUAAAUUUUGGAUCAGUUAUUUCAGUGGAGCUUUCCACUUUUUGUCCUUUCAGUUACAGCCGCAAAACAUUUAGGGUCAUUUUAUGAGUCUGAAACUGACAGAUGGUUCGACAGGCCGUCAGUCAGAAGGUUUAACUUUAAGCCGUUCAGUGCCUUUUGGCUCAAAUACAGUACUGUACUGUAUAUAUAUUCACAUGCUUGUCUUUCUUCACUGCUAGAUAUAUAUUAUACCCAAACACAUAUGAUGAUGGUCCGCUAUUUCAUGAUGAUGUACUGAAUAAACUUAGAAACAUGGGAAUAAUAAAACCUCUGUUGCCAGGUUGUUAAACUGUUUGCGACCUUCUGUUUGACUUAUGUUACUGAUACUCUUAUAAUAAUAGAGUAAAACCCAAAGAAAGUUGAGAAAAAAUGCAGUUUUGUUGAAUGUUUAAUAUCUCUAAUAUUUACUGUUUUGCACCAAUAUGUAUUAUUUCAUUUAUUAUAAAUGCUUAUUUUCUUUGAUAUUGUACAAAAUAAGUUUAGCAUUAUAAAGUUUUUUUUUUUCUUGCAUCAGUAUACUGUAUCCUCCCCAAUGCUUCAGAAAUGGAUUCAACCAUCCCUGAAGUUUGCUGGAUAAUCUUGUUAUGUGCUAUGAAUUGUAUAUGUAGAGCGUUAUCUAUGCAAACUGGUAUUUACACUGAGUUACCAGUUUAUUAGGUUUACUUGUACAAUCAAGUAUAAUCCAAUACAACAGCCCUGAAAUAAAUCCCAAGUUUAUAAUGUUCAGUUUUUGCUUUGUCCUCUCUCAUUUAUAGUAAAUACAAGGAACAUAAUAUUAGAAGUAUCUUUAAAAAAUAUAGCAAUCCUGUGCAACACCACCACUAACUACUGCUCAUACAGCGUCAGAAAUGACCUUAUAGCAGAAUCAACACCUCGUACACCGUGUCAACAAAUACUGAACAUAAUAAGCUUCACAGUGGCAGGAUUUAUUGCAGGGCAAUUGGAAACUCUCAUGUGCAGAGACCGGAUGUGGGAGCAAUGUUAGAUGUUAGAACAUGAGUCUCCACUCUUUGUAAUCCAAGGAAAGUGAUCCUCUUAGUGAGGUAUACAGACUUCCUCAAGGCUCAGACCCACUUAGGAAAGAAAGCCAAUUGUUAAAUGGUAAAAAAAUAAAAUAAUUCCCAUUCAAAAAAUGUUCUGCUUGAGCAGUAUUUUACCAUAGAAAGCUUGUCUUUUAUAUAGCAGUUUAAUAGAAAGACACAUUCCACAAUUUCACAGAAAAACCCCAUGUUUCUGUCCUGAAUUUCACUGCUUAUGCCAAACCAUUUCUCACAGGUCAUGUAGAGGUGCAACUACCUACUGGACUGUUGUGAAGCAGAACUUCAGCACCACUAAAAAUAGUGCAGUAUAAAGCUGUAUAUCUUACAACUAGAGUGACUGAGGUGACUCUACACAGAUAUACACAGAUAUGUAUUUUAACCUCACAAUGCUUGUCAAAAUACAGUAUUUAUUCACAUAACAUCAAAGAUAAGUCUGUCAACCCACCUGAAUAAACAUGUACAGUAUGUCGAUGCUA